AUGGCUGCUUCACGCUCAUCACCUCAGGCUUUCGUCGUUGCAUCCAAGCGUACCCCCUUUGGUACCUUUGGUGGAAAGCUGAGAGAUCAUAAGGCCUCUGAGCUGGGAGGUUUCGCGAGCAAGGCAGCACUGGAUACGCUCCCAAAGGAUGUGCAAGUCGAUUCAGUGGUGUUCGGGAACGUUGUCCAAACUGACACAUCGGGUGCCUACCUCGCACGUCACGUCGGACACUAUGCCCACCUACCUGUGACAGUUCCCGCUUUGACACUGAAUCGUCUGUGUGGUUCGGGCUUCCAGUCCGUGAUCACGGCUGCUCAGCAAAUCCAGCUCGGAGAGUCGAACGUCGUCCUCACCGGUGGUGCGGAGAACAUGAGUAUGGCGCCAUACACGCUCCAUGGGUCUGUGAGGUGGGGUACGAAGUAUGGUGUGGACCAGAAGCUGGUAGACUCGUUAGCCGCGAGCUUGGUAGACCAGGUCACGGGAGACCGUGGACAUUGGAAGCCCACGCCCAUGGGUGUCACCGCAGAAAACCUCGCAAAGAAGUACGGUAUCAGCAGAGCGGACUGUGAUGCGUAUGCACUGCAGUCUCAGCAACGUUGGGCUGCGGCGCAGGAGGCCGGCGCAUUCAAAAAUGAGAUAGCGCCAAUGGAGAUUACGCACAAAAGGACGUCUACGGUCUUUGACAAAGACGAACAUCCCCGUCCAAGCAGCACUCUCGAAUCCCUCGGAAAGCUAGGCCCUGUCUUCCAUAAGGAGGAAGGUGUCGUGACUGCUGGUAACUCCUCCGGCAUCGGAGAUGGCGCAGCUGCCAAUGUCGUCGCCUCCGAGGACGUGGUGAAGCAACACAAUCUCAAACCGCUCGCACGCAUCGUCUCGUGGGGUAUCACCGCUUGCGAACCGACAAUCAUGGGCAUAGGCCCUGUCGAAGCCAUCAAGAUGGCGCUGUCUCGCGCUGGCAAGAACUUGAGCGAAAUAGGCAUCAUAGACGUGAACGAGGCCUUUGCAGCUCAGUUCCUCAGCGUCGCUAAGGGACUCGAGCUUCCCAUGGACAGGACGAACAUGUUUGGCGGCGCGAUCGCCCUGGCCCACCCUCUGGGUGCGAGCGGAGCGAGGAUCGUCGCGAACUUGGUCCAUAACAUGCAGAGGCUGGAUGUGAAGUAUGGCCUGGGCGCAGCAUGUAUCGGCGGCGGGCAGGGGAUCGCCGUUCUAUUGGAGAAGGUGUAGUACUGUUGCUAUACUAACCGGUCGCGGCUGCGGUUUAAUAUGCAAAUUGAGCAUUG